UCAAGGUCCUGCUCUCACUGGGAGAAAAGCAGGAUGUGGCACGAAGCCCGAAAACAUGAGCGAAAGCUGCGGGGGAUGAUGGUGGAUUAUAAGAAAAGAGCAGAACGUCGGAGAGAGUAUUACGAAAAGAUAGUGAAUUUACCAGCUGAAAGGGUGGGGGGGCUGUCCUGUGUACAGUAAGCACUGAGCGUUGUGUUUUUUUAAUUGGGACCCCACCCUUUGGUGUUGUGUCCAUACAGGAUGCCUUGGCAGGGGGAUACCAACAACAUGAUUGACCGGUUCGAUGUACGGGCCCACCUGGAUUACAUCCCCAUGUAUACUCCGCCCCUGCUGAAUCCAAUCUCCCCUGAGCAGGAGUCUGACGAAAGGAAAUGCAACUAUGAGAGAUACAGAGGACUUGUGCAGAACGAUUUCGCUGGCAUCUCGGAAGAGCAGUGCCUGUAUCAGAUCUACAUCGACGAGCUGUAUGGAGGACUCCAGAAGCCCAAUGAGGAUGAGAAAAAGAAGUUGGCGGAGAAGAAAGCGUCUAUCGGCUACACCUACGAGGACAGCACGGUGGCAGAACUGGAGAAUCCUUCCGAGAAACGAGCAGAGGAGGAAGAUUCCGAAGAAGACAGCAACACUGACGAGGACGAAGUGAUCCCCGAUAUCGAUGUCGAAGUUGACGUAGACGAGCUGAACCAGGACCAAGUGGCCGAUCUGAAUAAACAGGCAACCACCUACGGGAUGUCCGAAGGAGACUUUGUCCGGAUGCUGCGGAAGGACAAAGAGGAGGCAGAAGCUAUCAAACACGCCAAAGCCCUGGAGGAAGAAAAGGCCAUGUAUUCGGGCCGUCGCUCCAGGCGGCAAAGGAGAGAAUUCCGAGAGAAACGUUUGAAAGGAAGGAAGAUCAGCCCUCCAAGUUAUGCUCGGAGAGACAGCCCCACUUACGAUCCUUACAAACGAUCCCCCUCGGAAUCCAGCUCCGAGUCUCGCUCCCGGUCCCGCUCGCCGUCCCCUGGUCACGAGGAGAAGAUCACCUUCAUCACCAGCUUUGGGGGCAGCGAUGAAGAAGCCGCCGCUUCCCAAGCUGGGGGACCCCCUCGGAAACCGGCCCCCCUCACCAAGGCACGCUCCUCCGGCCAAGCGCAGCAGGGCAGCGUUGCGGCAGGUCAUACUGCCUCCUCCCGGCGACGCUCCACCUCCACCUCCUCCUCCUCCUCCUCCUCCUCUUCUUCCUCGUCCACUUCCUCCUCCUCCAGCUCGCAGUCCAGCUCACGGUCCCAUCGGACAAGUAGCUACCACCGGACCGGCAGCUACAGCCGCUCCCGCAGCCACCGGUAUUCCCGGUCCCACAGCAGGACCAGGCGGUACUCAGCCGGAGGCUCUCGGGACGGGCGCCGACACUCCAGGUCGCGGUCGACAGAGCGGGGCUGGCGUUACGGCUCUCGACGCAGAUCCAGGAGCCAUUCCCGGUCUGGGGAACACUAUCGGUGGAGCAGCGGCCGAGGAGGGAGGCACUGGAGCAGCAGCCGCAGCAGCCAAAGUGAGAGCGAAUCGCGAAGCCGCAGCCGCUCAGCGUCUCCAGCCAGAGAGAAAAUGCUCAGGCCCGCGGCCUCGCCUGCUAUAGGGGAGAAACUGAAAAAGGCUGAAACGGCUGGUGGUAAAGAGACAGGAGCUGCCAAACCAAAGCUGACUCCGCAGGAGAAACUGAAGCUGCGUAUGCAGAAGGCGCUUAACCGGCAGUUUAAAGCAGACAAAAAAGCAGCACAGGAGAAGAUGAUGCAACAGGAACACGAAAGACAGGAACGAGAGGAUGAGUUGCGUGCCAUGGCUCGGAAGAUCCGGAUGAAGGAGCGGGAACGGCGGGAGAAGGAGCGGGAAGAGUGGGAGCGACAGUACAGCCGCCAUAGCCGUUCUCCUUCUCCGCGCUACAGUCGAGAAUACAGCUCCUCAAGAAGGCACUCGCGGUCACGAUCCCGGAGCCCUCACUACCGCCACAAGGACUGAGUCCUGGCACCAGGCCACGUUGCUGACCUCUCGCCCUGCUGGCUCCCCGGGGCCCACGUAAUAACCCUGCCGUGUAAUAAAUGCUGUACAUUGCUGUUUUUGUCAGAAAAA